AUGCCGACUAUUUAUACUGAAUUUUAAAGUUCCAAAUAAUAUUCAAUAUCAUAUGAAAUUUUCCAUUUUGAUAAUUACGCUCUAUAUUACGACUACGUUGGGAAUGUUCUGUAGCUACUACCCCUUAGAUCCAGUUGCAUGUGUGUAAAAGACUCAAGGGAUAGCAUGUAAAUUUGGCUAUAAAUAAUUCAAGGUUAAUUUAGUUUUUUCGAAAAUCAAUGCAUAGAAGUUAAAAGUAGCUCAUUAGGAUGCUAACCCACACUUAAUCUACAAGCAUGUUUGAUGUAGAAACAGAAUUUGAGUGGAGAUGAAGCUUAAUGUAAUUAUCUAGAAUUAUAGAGUAAGGCUUUUUCGGAAAGAAAUGCAUAGAUGCCAAUGAGUUUCAUUUGAGACAUCUACAAUGUAAGGAUCACUUUUCAAUGUAUGGUUGUGUAAAUAUCCACCAAAAAUAAUGUUAUUGGAGUGGAACAAUUUGCUCUUAAUAUGAGGGACCCAUCCCAUCUGGAAAUGAUUGCUCAUAGAUUUUCAACACAGCUGUGGCUCCUGAAUUAUGUUCCCAGAUUUAGGAGAUUCCAUGUAUAAGAUUUAGUAAAAUACUGCUAGGUUAUAAUAACGGAUUUGAAGGUGGAUAUUCUUGCGAAAAUGUGUCUGACAGUAUGCUUCAAGCAAUAACUUGCGACACUUCCGGGUUGAACUAAGUAGGCUGCACAUCCAUCAAGACUCCUGGAUAGAAAUGUAAGGAUUAGUUAGAGUUUUAGGCAUUUUUUAGCAUGGGAUAUGUCGAUAAUUUGAACAAAAAGAUGAAAUUAGUUGUUUAUAACUAUUAAAUAUGGAGGCCUGUCUUGGGAUUUCAAAUCCAGCUGUGAGAUGUGCUUGGAAAUAGACUGGAUGCUAGGAUUACGAAGUCAAGGAUGACACCAAAUGUUCGGAUGUUUCUAAAAUUAAUCCGAGUGUUUGUAUGGCAAUGUCAGAAUUGUGUGAAUAUGACAAAGAACAUAGGACAUGCAUACCAAUUACAGCUUUGGAUUAGAUAAAUUGCAGGACAAAAGGAUUAAGCAAGAAUGCUUGUUUAUAAAUUAAGGAAGAUAAAUGUAAUUACUUUUUAAUUAAUCUUAGGUAUAUUCCAUGAUGAAUUGGGAUGCAGCGAAUUAACAGAAGAAUAACUAAAGAUGACUGUAUGCGAAGAUAACAUAAACGAGAUUUCAUGUAUUAGCAUCACAACUCCAUUUUAAAAUUGUCAAUGGAAUGGUCAAAAAUGUUAAAGAAUUAUCAUCAACCAAGACUUGGAUUGCCCCUUGCCUUUGAUCGAUGGCAUUGCUUAUAAGGUGAAUGGGAAUGUUUGUUAAUCGAUAUCUAAGAAUGGUGUUGGUUGUAAAUACGAUUCAACUCUUCAUUUAUGUGUAAGGAGCAAUGGAUUCGAAAGUUGUACAACUCCAUUUAUCAAUCUAUUUGCUUGUGUUAAUAUACAGUAGUAGAUCUCGUGCAAGUGGAAUGAAUAAGUAGGUUAGUGUGAGGACGUGGAAGUCAUAGAACUUAGUACAAGUUGUAGUGACCUUAAGUUCUCAAAUCCAAAGUCUUGUUCCUAAGUGACUGAGUUCAAGAAUAACAAGUUCAUUGGGUGUUACUAUAAUGAGGAGACUUCCCUUUGCACAGAGGUCAACCUAGUAAGUCUAAUUGAUAUGGAAUGCGAAUAAAUGGGAUUAAAUAAACAUGGGUGCACCAUGAUUAGUAAAUUGGGACAGAGAUGUAGAUGGUAUAGAAAUUAAUGUACAAAGAUAAAGAGUAAGGAAUCUCUGUCACUUGUCAACUGUAUUGAAUUGUAAUUUGUGAAUCCUGCUAUUUGUGCAUUGGUUACUGCUAAUUCAGAACCUUGCAAAUAUAACUCUGAUGCCUUUGGAUGUGUAAAUAGUGUCAAUUAUAGUGACACGGGGGAUUACUGUACAACUCCUGGAUUAAAUGCGUUCGCAUGUUCUUAAAUUACAAGAAGCAAAACAGGAUGUUACUUUGAUAAGACGAACAACAUCUGUGUGACUGCUCCUGAUAGUAAAUCAGUUCAGGAGAUUGAUAUACUUGCAUCUAAGGAGUUGUUGACAACAGCAGGAUGUGUUGCUAGUUCUCCGACACUGAACAUUUGCAUGGCCAUAAAAACAUUGGGUGAAUCUUGUAUUUGGAACACAAGAUCGUCUAGAUGUGAUUACAAUUAAGUUUAGUUGAAUGAGAAAUGUCUAGAUUACAACACCCAAGAAAAAUAGAAGUCUACUCCAGGUGCUGAGGUCUAUGUAAAUGAAAAUGUAUGUGCCAGCAUUGUCAUGAACUUUGUAAUUUAUUAUUCUUAUAUUCAUAGCCAAAUAAUGACCCAGCUAAGGGUAAGAAGGUCGAUGUCCUGAGAGGCUAUUGUGAAUACAACGGAAAGGGAAAUUGCAUCUUAUAUUAAGAUAAACCUUGCACAGAUAAGUGUUGCACUACUGUGUCUGGUAUCAAUGCCCAUGUGUGCAGUCGAUACACAGAUCAAACUGUUUACUGUUAUUUUAAUGAGUUCAAUAAAUGUGUUCAAUUGACCAAUGAAUAAACAGAUCUUACAUCCAUACAAGCAGUCAAGGAUUAUUAUAACUUUAUGAAAUAUAAAUGUUCCUCCAUGAAUUCCAAAUCCUGUUGGAUGAUUGAAUGGUCCACUACUUAGAAAUGUUAUUGGGAUGGAUUAGUGUGUACCUAGAUCAAUUACAGUGAUUAUCCCACAUUCUCUUCUGGAGUAUUUCCACCAACAUCAUUGAGUAGAUAUGGAUGUCAAGGAGUUGAAGCCAUCAAAUCUAAUUAUGCAAAGUACUUCAAAUAUUUGGAUACCAACUAUUGUGCUGUAUAUUUAGUACCCCCCAUGUUGACUGAUUGUGAAACUGCAGGAGUCAAUAUCAAUUAUUGUUUGGGAUACUCAGCAAACCUCUAUUGUAAGUGGAAUAAACUAACCUUGAGUUGUGAAAGAAUUGAGGACUACCUCACACUCUUGACUUGCGAUGAAAAUCAAAAUCAAUAGGCCUGCAUAUCUAAUCCUUACAUGCCAUGUGCCUUUCUAGAUGGAUCUGACAAGUGUGUAUACAGUCCCCAGAAUGUCAAAUGCAAUGACUUCUCUCUAGCAUCUUCUCCUUAUUUUGCAAAAGUGAAUGAAUAAGCUUGUAAAAACAUCACAAUGCCUGGUCAAAUUUGUAAAUUCUAUGAACCCUUAAACUAUUGUGUCUACUCUAAUGAAACCUCAACCAAUUGUGACCUCCCUGGAGUCAACAGCAUCGGUUGUUAUGCCAACACCUAAGGAAACUGCAGAUGGGACUCAACCCUAUUAGAAUGUUAUGAAGAGAGUGAUGAGAGUGCUUUAAAUACUCUGAAAUGCAACGAUAACAUCAACUUGUAUUUAUGUAAGAAUUUAAUGAAUGACAAUUGCGAGUGGUCUACUACAGACUUGAUUUGCAGUUAAAAGGAUGCUCUAAACAAGGUUAAUGUUAAUAAUUUAUAUAAUGCUCAAACUUGUACCAAUCUGGUUGGAGGAGGUUACUAUUUUAGUAAUUAUAAAUGUGUUGAAUUAUUAACUUCAAAUAAUGAUUGUACUUCAAAAAUAAUGAAUAAACAUGCUUGUUUAACCAUGACUAAGAAUCACAGAUGUAUCUUUGAUCCAGAUUAACCACCUGAAUUGAAAUGCUAAGAAUUCAAGGAAGAACAAUUAACAUGUUCCUCAGAUAAACUCAUCAGUAUUGAUGUAUGCAUGAACUUACCAGCUACCUGUUAUUUUGAUCUAGAUACCUUAACAUGCAGAGCAAUCGACAUUACAGACACAACCAAAUGUUCUACUCUCAUUUCGACCAAUUAAAUCUUCAAUAAACUAGCAUGCUCUUCAGUAAGUGAAACUCUCACUGAUGCCUCCUCUGAUGAUGGGACCAGAAUUUGUACCAGCGAUCCUGUUGCUGAUAAUGCCUAGCAAUGUUAUUUUGAAUCGUAUUGUGCUUGGGACACUACCAAUUACGGAUGCAAACUUGCUAAGAUAGUGAAUGCCCAAUACAGUAGUAAUUAUAAUGGGGCAUAUUGUUCUCUGGCACCGGUCACUUUUUAAUGCACCAAUAUCUACUCUAAGGCUAUUUGUCUGUAAUUAGCAGAUAAUUGCUAUUUUGACAUCACAUAAGGCGGUUGCAAUGACUAUGUCACUAAUUCCUAUAAAGUGUAAGCUUGUAAUUAAUUGAAUGGAAAUUCGUGUAUUAAUAGUAAGACUGAGAAUGCUUAUUGUAAGAAGGUAGCUUUGGAUGGCUAUGAUUUCACUCCAGCAUGUUCAGUUGAUUCCUCAAUCACUGACUUAUGUGAGGAUGAUGUGUAUCCAUCAUCUGGUUGUUCAUCUAUUACUCCACUUAAAGCAGAAGAUUGUUCCUUUUCAUCUGAAAAGUGCUAUUAUAAAAAUAGUGCUUGUGUUGUUCCCUCUAGUUCGGAUGUCAUUACAUGUACAACUCCAGGAGUCAGUAGGAGUUUAUGUUUGACCAUAGAUUACAAAUGUGAUUUUUCAUCUGGAAAGUGUACUAAUCUCACCAUACCUAUUUUAAAUGCUGACAAAUCCAAUUAUUAUUAUGUGUGCAAUGAAGCCAAUUAUUUGAUCACUUAGUAUAAAGAAUAUGCUUGUGGUCUAAUAUAGACAAUUCCUUGUAAAUAUGCUUAAAAUUCUUGUUAAAGAGCUUUCUAUGAUGACUGCUCAAAUUUAAUAGGCAUCACUUCAAAUAAAAAAGCAUGUGUUGAAUGCAAGAACAAAAAUAUGAUGUAUGACUAGGAACUAUAUACUUGUGUGGAAAAAACUGAUUUGAGUUCAUCUUGUGAUUCCAUCUCAACUUAAAAUAGUUGUCAAACCCACUCCACUGAUUGUGAGUGGAAUGAUGUCAUAAGCAAAUGCAUCGUAAAUCUAACGAGGUUAAAUUAAAACAGUUGCAUAAGUCUCUCCAACACCAUACUUACGAAAUGGGAUAGUACCACUAACACUUGUGUUAAAUUGAGUUUAAAUUCAGCUUAAUAUGCUGCAAGUUGUUUGGGCUUGGGAAAAAAGAGUUGCUUGACUUCUAAGAGUUCGUGUUGGUUUGAUUCACAAACAUAAAGUUGCAUAGAUAUUGACACAAUAACAUUAUCUUGCAGUGAAAUCAAUGAUGUUGGUGGAUAGUAACAACAUUGUUUAUUAUCUUUCAAAGAAGCCUGCAAGUGGGUGAACAACUUGUGCGUUUCAGCUAGUCUUGAGACUGAUACAUGUUCUGUAAUGAACAAGUUUGGGUGUCUCAACAUUAAGUAGAACAUUUCCUGUGGAUGGUCCAAUUAUAAUGUGGCCUGCAUCAAGUACACAAACAAUAAUUAUUUUGGGUGUAAGAAUUAUAUUUGGAAUAAUAACUACUCAUAAGUCAAUCCCUAUUUCUGUUAAUUAUUGCAAGGCACGGAAUCCUGUUUUUACGAUCUGAAGACUUUCAAAUGCACGAAUGUGGGUUCAACUGAUUUAUAUUGUAGUAAACAUCAAGGUAUCAAUAAACUGGCUUGUCUGACUCGAACCUUGGAUAAAUGCAAGUUCGACUCUACAAUCAACAAGUGUGUUCCAAUAACUGAGACUGAUAAUAACUGCAAUAAUUCCUUGAAUUAAGUGUCUUGUCUUACAGUUCCUGGGAAAUAUUGCAAAUUUUAUCUGAAUGAAUGCAGCACUUUGACCUUAGCGACGGCAACUCCUUAUGCUAGAGCAACACCACCAGCAGGUCAAACUUACUCUGCUACUGCCUGUGUUUACUAUAAUAACGCAUUCAAUGAUGCUUAUUUUAUUUAUGAUGAUAACAAACAAUAUUGUGUAGACGCAGAUUAUGCGAAAGAAUACCCAAGAAAGUUCAUAGCACUUUGCAGAUCAACAUCUAUAAAUGAGAGAGUGUGUUUGAGGAAGACUAUCAAUACUUGUAUUAAAUAAUAUUUAUUUUAGGUUAAUAUGUUGAUAAUCAGUGUCUGGAUCUUAGUGCAGAUGAAAUUAAAUUGGAAACAUCUUGUAACUCAGCAUUCAAUUGGAAAGCAUGCAUUUAAAUAAACAAUUUAUGUAAAUUUUAUUAGGGAAGAUGUCAAUUAAUUACCUCAACUGAUACUUGUGCUAAUUUAGUAUCUACUGCAGCCAAUCCACUUUAUGUUGGACCACAAGUCUGUGCCUCUUUUGCUACUACCUUAUGCAAAUACGAUUCUGAAGGUUAUGAUUGUCAAGCAGCUGCAGCCACAAAUGAGACAUGUUAAACUCCAGGCCUAAGCAAAAAGGCUUGUUUGGAGUCAACAACCAAAUCCUUUUGCUAUUUCAAUGCAAUUACUAAUAAAUGCGAUUUCACCUAUGACAAUACCCUAUCUUGCCAAGAUGAUUAAACUCCUAAGACUUGGUAUCUUAAUAUAGCUAGAUGUUAUUAUCUACGAAAAGCAGGCAGUGUAAUUCAUUUAUAAUAUUCCAUUAGACCUGUUAAUUUUUAAAUGGAGAAUGCACUAACUUCCCAGAGACUAAAUUAGCUGAAUGCAAUACUGACAUUAAAACUAAUUUAAUCACUUGUUCCAAAGCCACUGUAGGGUUCUGCUAUUAUAUUCCAGCCACCAAUUAUUGUUACAAAGGAAGUGCGGUAACAGUGAAUGUGUAGGAUUGGAAUAUUGGAUAGUCCUUUAAUAAAAACACUUGUUUAGGCUACUAACACGCCACUAUUAAAGUAGCUACAAUGUGGGAUGACCUUAAAGGUUGUGUAGAAGCUACCAGCAAUGAUCUAAAGAACUUACUAUGUGAGUCUCCCAUUAAUGUCUAUGCUUGCUUAUCCAUAACGAAUCCAACUCAAUUUUGUCAAUAUGACUUGGUUGCAUAGAAGUGCAAGUCAUUCAACUAUAUAGUACCACCUGGUCAGAUCGGUACUUGUGCUUCUCUGACUAAUGUGAAUAGAUUUGAAUUCUGUUAAUAUACCACUAAUGAUUGUGCCUACAAUUCUGCAACUCGUAAUUGCUAAGUGUUAACUACUGCUGACUUCACUAUUGCUUCAGCAGCUGAUUGUUUUAAUAGAGGAUUCAGUAAGUCUUUUUGUAGCAAGUUCCCUCUAUGUAAGUACAGUGAUGAACGACAACUAUGUUAUGGUGGUAGUAUCUUCUGUAAAGAUAAAUCACUCGAUACAUGCUCAUCUGUUACUAUUGAACCAUGUUGGAUUAAUAACAACAUCUGCACAGGUAUUACUUAUGCGCAAUUGAAUACUGUCAAAUGUUCAGAUGUCAUUAAUCAAGUUGGAUGCACCAGCAUUACCAAUCCAGAUUACAAAUGCUAGUUUAACAUUCAAACAUCAAUAUGUUAAGAGAUAACUCAAUUGAAUCUGAAAUGCACUGAUUACACUUAUGUUAAUACAUACUCAGUUUGUGAAAAUACAGUUGAUGUUCCUUGUAAAUAUGAUUUUGUCACCAAAUCAUGUAAACAAGUGAUAAAAACGGAUGUGUUUGAGUGUGAUCGUGGACUUAAUGAAUAAGCUUGUUAAAUCUAUACAAGACCUUCAUUAAAAUGUUUAUUCAAGAACUUCUGUUUUGGCCCAACCUAUGGAGUCAAUUAAUGUUCUGACUCUAUAAACAAGGAAGUUUGUUUAGGGUAUAAUUAUCUAUGCACUUGGGACUCUGUCAACAAAGUUUGCCAAGACUUCGACAUUACGGGUAAGACCUGUUCAGCAUUAGAAACCUCUCAAAAAGUUGUUUCUAUUCAAGUCUGCUAUAAUAGUUAAGCUGACACUGGUGCUUGUGUUUACAACUCCUCUACUAAUACAUGCAAAUUGAUUCAACCAAUAUCUUGCUAUGAAUUAGAAACUCAAGAGCAAUGCACUCAAUUGCUCGAUCUCCCUUGCAUAUGGUCCAAUAACAAAUGCUCAUUCCUUUAAACUACUAGUACUGACACCUGCAAUUAGAUAGGAAAUGUAGGAUCCAAACGGGCUUGUCUUGAUAUUAUUAGAUAGGGUUAGAUGUGUCAAUAUGUCAAUAAAACUUGUUAAACACAUAUAGAAAGCUUUAACGAUGAUAAUUGCGUAGAUAAUAUUAACAAAGUAGCCUGUGUGACCUAAUAGGCUAGUCAGUGUUUAUGGAGCACAGAAACCAAAGAAGUCUUUAUUAGCAAAACUGACAAGAUCAAUUAUACUUCUCGAAUUUGUACUUAAUAUACACCUAAUUCAUAAUAAGAUUGCAGUACUUCCUUAAGUUAUGCUUCAUGCUUUUCUGUUAAUAAACCUGGAUCUUUCUGUAGAUGGCUAAAUGGACAGUGUGUUUCCAUACCAGUCACAAUAGUUUAACAAACAAUAUACUAUAAUACCUAUAUUUUAGUUAAUGAAAAUUCAUGUGGACUAGUUAAUGUGGAUAAAGUGAAGUAUUCUGAAAAAUCUAAAUCUUGUUUAAUUCUUGAUGAUAAUGAAGUGAUUUCUUGUAAAUGUGGAUAAGAAACUAAAGGUAUCAACAUAAACGCUUGCUUGAGCAUCAAAUAUCAAAAUUGCAAAUGGAAUAGUGUGAACAAAAAAUGUGUUGAAUAAAACUCUAAAUGUGACUUUAAUUGA